GUCAGCAGGUGAUAAAAAGUGAACGAACGGAAAGAUCAAACAGACCCUGCACUUUUUGCAAAAUGACAAUAAAAAAAAUUUAUAUCAGACAUACCUCGCUGCUCCCCGCUGGCGAUCAAUUCGACGGGGACCACCCUCAGCUUCUGCUUUUCCCUCUGCGAUCUGCCUCUACUCCAGUUGUUCCGGCCAAAUUAAGCGCCGACGUUCAAUCUCUUUUAUCCGUAGCCAGCUUCUAAUACAUGCGCUCAUUAGUAGCUCCCGGUUCAUGACUGGGCCGCCCGACUUUUCUGCCCUUUUUCUGUCACACCCCCAAAUUUUGAAUUCUCAUCCGAUUCUUAAAGCCAUAACCCUAACCCUAAUCUUUACUUUUUCCAAGAUUAUUCUGGUUCUGAUCUCCAAAUCUUUUCAUGUGUAGAUCCAAAAUGGCGACCGAUGUGGUCCAAUCCAGUGGGAAGCAGCGAACAAGUACCACAAAAUCGAGAUCAUCCACGGCAACGUCUUCAACCUCAGAAACCUCAACAAAGCAGGGAACGCCGCGAAUUCCACAAAUCACAAGACCAAGGCCAUCAACAGGAACAGCUUCAACAUCAGAGGCCUCCACAAGCAACGUGAGCAGUGUUCCUUACGCCACAGGCUCGAGCUACAUAGGCUCAUCAGUAACAUCGAUUUCCAGCCGUACUUCAUUGUCCAGCCUCCGCGACUCGUUGCCGGAGAAUCCUCACAUUUACGAUUUCUCUGAGAUAAGCUCCGCCACCAAUAAUUUCCUUGCUAAACGGUACUCACCGUCGUCUUCUUCCACCGCGUGCUGGCGGUGCACGCUCCGCGGCAAGGAUGUGAUAGUGUUCCAGCGCAAGUUCUGGCGGAGGCUGGAGAUGGCGCAACUCAAAGAACGAUUGUCUGUGAUCUGUAGAAGUCAUCACAAGAGCAUAACCAGGCUUCUCGGAGCGUCGAUUUCUGGUGAACACUUAUACCUAGUUUAUGACUUUGUUAAGGGAGCAAACCUAGCGAAUAUCCUGAGAAACCAGAGGAACCCGGACUUCACUGUGUUGUCGACUUGGAUUUCGAGAAUGCAGAUCGCCGCGGAUCUCGCUGAUGGUCUCAAUUACAUCCACAACAAUACUGGAUUGAGCAUAAGCUUUGUGCAUAACCGUAUAAAAAGUAACAGCAUUGUCAUUACGGAGCCUAUAAAGAGUAACCGUACAUCCAUUGCGGAGACUUUGCACAACGCCAAGAUAUGCCAUUUUGGAACGGCCCAAUUGUGCGGCGAAACCGACGAGAAUCAGCUGCAGCCCCAGGUUUCUAAAUAUGAAGGCGAAAUCGUGGAAGAGGAGUCCUUUUCGUCAACGAAAUCUCCGGAGUUGAAGCGAACGAAUAGCAGAGCGAUGCAAUUCGAAGGUGUCAGAGGAUACAUGUCGCCGGAAUUCCAAUCCACCGGAGUGGCGACGCAGCAAUCAGAUGUGUACGCGUUCGGAGUUGUGAUCCUGGAACUUUUGUCUGGCGAAGAGCCAUUGAAAUAUAAGUUCGAUAAAACGACCGGCGAAUUCAGACGAACGUCGGUGAUCGACACUGCAAGAGCAGCAAUCGACGAUACCGAUGGUAAAGAUGGGAGAUUGAGGAGGUGGGUGGACAAGAGGCUGAAGGACUCCUUUCCGGUUGAGGUUGCGGAGAAGGUGACACGUUUAGCACUGGACUGCGUACACGUGGACCCUGAUCAACGGCCCGACAUGAGCCACGUUUCUGGAAAGAUUUCCAAGCUUCUCAUACAGUCAAAGAAUUGGUUGGAUAAGUUGAAGGUUCCUACUGAUAUCUCGGUCUCGUUGGCUCCUCGUUGAGUUUCCCCCUUUUUUAUUUUAAAUCCUUUUAUCAAUUGUUGGGCGGCGUCGUUUUGAUUGUGACGCAACUGGUGGACAUUAUAUAUUUGUUGCGGCCAAUUUUCAACCCUUUUUUGGGGUUUAAUCAUGAUUUCGAGAUUUCAAUAAAUGGUGCCUGAGAUUAA